CGUAUUAGCCGGCAGUUCUCCCUGACUGGAAUCUAAAGCGAAACUUGGUCUCGACAGAGGGACGGACAUCUGAAGCUGAUCGGGGCCUGUGAUGUACAGUGGUCUUUGCUUGAGAGACAGUUGGAGUUUAGCGACCAGGAAGUCGUUCCAGUAAACAAGCUCAUUUGCGAGGAAUGUUCUAAGUGGAGUGGGCCAAACUGUGAGAAUCUGGGCGUAACACCUUUGUAUACAAAACUAUUUCCUUGUGGCCAUUAACUAAAUUGAAUCUUCAGAGUUUUUGAUCUGAUGCAGUCACUUUAGAGUGAGCUCUGAUUCAACUGGUCAGAGAAGUUGAUUUUGCUGUCACGCCAUCACCCAGUGUGUUUCCAGCACGAGUUGUUCCGCACCUCCUGUGAUUGAGGGCAGUGUUUUAAAUACCUGUUUGUCUGUGACAGUCCUUGUCCUUCUAAAAGGACACCCGAGAAACAAAACAAAGCACUGGAAAUGGAAAACAAAAUGCUGGAGGAACUCAGCGGGUCAGGCAGCCUCUGUGGAGGGAAAUGAACCAACAACAUUUCAGGUGUGCCGAGGAGAUCGGAUCAGCUGGACUAAUCUGCUUCUUGCUGCCAAAAGCUCACCCCACAGAGCAUGAGCAGAGGUACUGACGGCGACAGAAGAUCACACAGAGAGAAACCGACUAGUCACCGCCAGUGUAAUCGCUACAGCCACCCCCGCCAGCAGUCCGACUCCGCUCCUCCAGCCUUUAUUCCCUCCAGCCAAGGACUGUCGGCCGAUCAGUUCCGGAGCCAGCAGGUCCAGUUUCUCACCAGCCAGAUCCCCCAGGCUCCGUCCUUUGUCGUCCGGCACCAGGGCUCGUACCAGCAGAGGCAGCGAGUUUUCCACCCGCCCCCUUACUGCUCCCUGCCGAGGGCCAGGAGCUGGAACCACCACCGUGUCUGCCCGCUGCCUGUCGCUCGCCCCCGCAUCCCCCCCGCAUCACCGGCCCCGAACGGGACCAAGAGCUCGGAGUUAGACGAGGGGCUCAGUCGACUGUUGUCGGACCUCAGCAUCUUCUCCCCCGGCGGCACCUCUCAGCACGACGUGGUGCGAGUUCUGGGAGAGCUCGGACCCGGGGAAACCCUCGCGGCGUCCAAGAUAGCCAGGAGGCUCGGCGUCCAGAAGAAAGAGGCCAACCACGUGUUGUACCGGCUCCUGAAGGAAAACCAGGUGAGGCAGGAGGGAACGUCGCCCCCGCUCUGGUGUCUUGCCGGAGACGCUGAGGUCGCUGCCAAGGCCACGAGACAGUGGUCUGCUCCCGAGGGAGGAGGCUUAUCCCGCCCGGUCAAGCAGGAGAAAGAGGAAGACGAGGACAGCUCGGAGAGCAGCGGGUGCGAGCCGGCCAACAUGGAGGACGUGGACAACCAGAAGGACAGGAUCUUCCACUUCCUGUUGGAGAAGACCAAGGCCACGGCCCUGGACAUCGCCAAGAACGUGGGGCUGAAGUCGGCCCGGCAGAUCAACCCCACCCUGCAGUCGCUGGAGAACCAGGGGGACCUGUGCAAGGAGGCGGCCUCGCCAUACAUCUGGACCCUGGCCGACCGCAGGAAGGAGGUCCUGCUGCGCAAGCGGAAGCUCCACGACUUGGGCGCGGCCGUGAUCGGCGCGGUGCCGGCGGCGGUGAUCAGCACCGAGCCGCUGGAGAGCGCAGCCCCCGCGCCGGAGGCGGUGGACGAGAUCCCGGUGAAGGAGGAGAGCAGCAUCGGCAACGGCCAACAGGAGGGGGUGGAGGAGGAGGAGGAGGAGGAUGUCAAGCCCUUGCCCACCGUGGUGCCAGCUGACCAGGCGGCACCGACCAACAAAGCCAACCACGCCGGCUCGGACUACUACGGCAACACCGCGGCAAACUGCCAGUGGGCGUCCGACGACAUCCCCGACAACCUCAACAUCAUCAACUGCGUGAGCGGCGAGGACGGGAUGGUGGGCCUGCCGCAGGGCAUGUUGCCGGGGAAACCCAACGCCGAGCAGCACCCCGUCCUAACGCCCAACGAGCGGCUCCGCGCCUGUCUAUCCAAGAACCCCGUCAGCGGCCUGAUGGAGUUCUCCCAGGGCUCGGCACUACAGUGCGAAUUCAUCCUCCUCGAUCAGACUGGACCCUCGCACGACCCUCGAUUCAGGAUGCAGGCCGCCAUAGACGGCAGGAAGUUCCCGCCGGCUGAAGCCAACAGCAAGAAGACGGCAAAGAAAGAGGCGGCAACUAACGCUCUGCGGGUGCUACUGAAGGAGAUGCUGGGUGAAGACAUCGAGCUUCCUCCGUCUUCACCGCCGCACGAAGCCAUGUCGACCGUGGAGUGCCCACCAGCUGCUGGAGACGUAGGAAGCGAGCCUCCCAUCUCCGUGGCCCAGCCCAUGCUGCCCGCGGGGAAAAAUCCCGUCUGCAUGCUGAUGGAGUACGCGCAGAAGUCGGGCAACGCCUGCGAGUUCCAGCUGGUCUCCCAGAGCGGCCCCCCCCACGACCCCAGGUUCACCAUCAUGGUUAAGCUGGGUAACGAAACCUUCCCGGCAGCCACGGCCAACAGCAAGAAGCUGGCCAAGAUGUUUGCCGCAAAGGCAGCUGUCCUCCUCCUCCUGGGAAACUCCCCUCAAUUUCCUUCCAAGCCCUCAGACACCAACAUGGAGGACGCUCACGGCCCCGUCCCGUGCCUGACGGCGGGGGAUUUGGACGCGGCCCAGGCUGCGGGCUUGGGCGACCUGAUCGCCUUCCUGAACAAGAACCCUAUUGGCGGCUUGCUGGAGUACGCGCGCUCCAAAGGGUUUGCAGCAGAGCUGAAGAUGAUCGACCAGUCAGGACCCCCACAUGACCCCAGGUUCACGUACCAGGCCAAGGUGGGUGGCCGCUGGUUCCCGCCGGUGAGCUCGAGCAGCAAGAAGCAGGCGAAGCAGGAGGCGGCCGACGCUGCGCUCCGCAUCCUCAUCGGCGAGGGGGAGAGGGCAGCGCGGUCCGAGUUCAGCUCCGAGGUCCCUGUCUUGCAGCUGCCCAUGUCCGGCGGGACCAUGCACGACCAGAUCGCCAUGCUCACCCACCAGUGCUUCAACAACCUGACCACCCGCGUCCAGCACAGCCUGCUGGGGCGCAAGAUCCUGGCCGCCAUCAUCAUGAAGCGCGGAGACGAUGACUUGGGGACCACCGUCAGCCUGGGCACCGGUAACCGGUGUGUCAAGGGUGAGGAGUUGAGUCUUAAAGGAGAGACGGUGAACGACUGCCAUGCCGAAAUCAUCUCGCGGAGAUGCUUCAUCAGGUUCCUAUACAGCGAGUUGCUGAAGUACAGCCCUGAUGAACCAGCCGACAGCCUCUUCAUACCGGCCCAAGACAACAGGCUGCAGAUCAAACCCGGAAUAACGUUCCAUCUGUACAUCAGCACGGCCCCCUGCGGAGACGGCGCCCUGUUCGACAAGUCGUGCAGCGAGCCGCCCACCAUGGAGGGUGACGAGUCGCACCACCCGCUCUUCGAGAACCCGAAGCAGGGCAAGCUGCGCACCAAGGUGGAGAACGGUGAGGGGACGAUCCCGGUGGAGUCGAGCGACAUCGUGCCCACGUGGGACGGCAUCCAGCACGGGGAGCGGCUGCGUACCAUGUCAUGCAGCGACAAGAUCCUACGCUGGAACGUGCUGGGCCUGCAGGGAGCUCUGCUCUCCCACUUCAUCCACCCCGUCUAUCUCAGCUCCAUCACUCUGGGCUACCUGUACAGCCACGGGCAUCUAGCGCGAGCCGUCUGCUGCCGCAUGUCCCGCGAUGGAGACGAGCUUCGUGCAGCUCUGCCGUACCCCUACAUCCUCAAUCACCCCCUGAUUGGCCGUGUCAGCGUGUACGACUCUACGCGGCAGACGGGCAAGACGAAGGAGUCGAGUGUGAACUGGUCGUUGCCGGACGAGGCCGAGGUGGAGAUCCUGGACGGGACCAAGGGCAAAGUUGACGGGCCACAGCUGGACGUGUCGCGGGUGUCCAAGAGCAACCUGUACGGGCUGUUCCACCAGCUGUGCAGCAAGGCGGGCCGGACGGACCUGCUGGCGUUGACCUCCUACUCCGAGGCCAAGGAGGCAGCGUCCGACUUCCAGAACGCCCGGGCGCUUUUCUUCAAGGCCCUGGAGCAGAUGAACUACGGCAACUGGAUUCAGAAGCCGACCGAGGAGAAGAGCUUCAUGCAGAGUGAGGUGUAGCUGGGCUGGGCUGGGCUGGGCUGGGCUGGGCUGGCUCUCCCUCUCUCCCGCUCCCUCUGUCUCUGUCUCUCUGGGGCAUGGGCUGGGGAACAAAUCUGUACAGAGGCCAUGGGGAGUUUAAACGAAACGCACAUGCACACGCUCACAUGCAUGCACGCACACAC